CAGGUGGAGUUUCUUCCAGUGCCCAUCAUGGGUGGGGUCAGCCUUCUGAUGCUUUCUCACCUCGUGCAGUCCAGUCUUCUAUGUCAGAGGUCCGUUUAACUGGGUUUUUGCCUGUUGAAGAAGUGGGCUCCAGUUUGUUCCCUAACAAACCCCUGAAAAGCAAGUCUAAGUUGAAUCUACUUCAGUUUGUCAAAGGUGGUUCCAGCAGCUAUCAGUCAACAUCCCAUGCCCAAACUGCUCCAAGCAGCUCUGUCUCAGCUUCCUUGCCUCUGUCCCUGAAUCAACAGCCUUCAUGCAGUUUGGCAUCCUCUGGAUCAACCAUUCCAGGUGUUGCUGGUGGAUUAAGUUUGGAGACCCAAUAUGCUGCAAGUGGUUUAGGACAAGUUGUUUCUACCUUAGGAGAGCGUAUUAGCUAUCCUGCUAAGCUUGGUGUUUCUGGCCAAUCCACCAGUGACACUUUGCAUGUGUCCAGCUCCCAGGAAACUGCUGUUCAACUGGCAGAAACCUCUUUGCCGGUGUUCUCGAAGAAAGUCUCCUACAGCAGUUCAUCUGCUCCAGGUGCCACUUCCACUUCUCGGAGUAGCCCUGCACUACUUUCAGAAAGCUUGGGUCAACCUGUAUCUUCUCAGGGUGAAGUUGGUUACAGUGGUUUGUCUCAAGGUGCCUCUAAUCAGUAUACCCCAGACUCCAAUACCAUGCUAGGUUCCACUUCUAGCCAGCCCAGUGGUGACCAGAGCUCCCCCAGUGUGUUUGGCUCAAGCUCUCAGGGUAGUUCUGAGACCUUUUUAGCUUCUGGUUUUUCUCUUCUAGAGGAAGUGGCAGGGCUUAGACCUCUUGACUUGUCUUCCAAAUCUCCAGAGACGUCCAGUCAAUUUCAGCCCUUGGCGGUAUCUAGCCAGUCCACAAGUGUUCAGAGUUCACCUAGUGUGUCUACGUCAAGCACCCAGAGUAGGUCUGGCCCUCAGUUAGUAACGUCCAGUCAUUUUAUCCCUGUGCAAGGAGGUAGUAGCUCUGUUAGUUUAUAUCUCAAGCCUCCGGGCACUCUGGGUCGGUAUGCUCCUGCGUUCCCUGCCAAAUAUACAAGCACUCCCGUGUCUGCACCCCAAGCUACCACAAAUAGCGGGUCUUCCUAUAGAGCUGUUUCACAGGUUGGUUCUCCGUCUCAAAUGGGAGCUUCUGGUCAGUUUACAUCUCUGGGUGGGAACUAUUACAGGGGGUUGCUUCCACAGUCUCGAGCUACUUCUAGUCAAUAUGCUCUUGGCUACUCCAAGCCCAUUUCCUCACCCCAAAGCACUUCCAGUCAGUCCACCAGUGCCUUGAGUUCACGUAAACAAUAUAGCUCUGGGGCUCAGUUUGGGGGCUCUACAGGUUUUGCCUCGCAGGGAAUGAGCAGCUCUUACAGUGGUUCUGUCCAGUCUCAAGGUACCACAAGUCAGUUUGCUCCUGGGUCUUCCCCCUAUGCAAGUGUAUCACUGUCCUCACCCCAAGCUGGUCCGUCUACUACUGUUCGGGGUUCUCUGAAGCAGUUUACCUCCACCUACACGGGCAGCUCUGGCACCCAGGCAGGGUCCGCCACUCGCUUCACCCUGCACGGAAGCACUGCUUAUGUUGGAUCACAUCAGCCUCAAGAUGCUGCUAGUCAGUUUGUCCCUGGGUCUUCAUUCCCAUAUGCAAGUGUGUCAUUCUUACCCCAUUUUAAUAUUUGUAUAGAUUGCAGUCCCUUCCAGAGUGUGAAAUUAGCUGUUUUAAACUGA